UUUAUGGGGACGUCGUGCUUUUUAGCUCUGGCGUUGCUUCACCCGUUUUCCCAGAAAACUGAAGGUGUUAUAGGCUUCUUGGCUAUAUCAUACCUUCGUUAUCACCCUUGUAUUUCUCUUGUGCCGAGCUCAUGCGACGUCCUUUUCUGCGUACUGCUAUCUUUCCAACCACCCAUAAAGCUAAUAAAGAUUAUCGAUUAUGGAUUACCACUCAUUGAAGCUUCGACAUGACCGAGGAUAGGUGCAAUGAUGAGGAGGACCAACUGGCCACGAGAAGUGAACGUGUGGCCAUCAAUGUUGAGAGCAGGAAAGAGGUCGCGGCUGACGGGGACAAGAAAGCGGACGAUGACUGCAUACGCAAAAUGUCCAUCCUGCCGGUGCCUUCCAGCGGAGACAUCGAGGACGACCUGUGGUUCGAGGAAUCGAUUCGUGCCACCGCGCUCCAGGUGUUUGUCCCCUUCAUGGCAGCUGGUUUCGGAACGGUCGGAGCCGGACUUUUGCUCGAUAUGGUGCAGCACUGGCCAGUGUUCCAGAAGGUGACGGAACUGUUUAUACUCGUCCCAGCGCUGCUCGGUCUCAAGGGCAACCUGGAGAUGACCAUGGCUGCCAGAAUGUCCACUCAGGCUAACCUGGGACAUAUGGAUACUCUACGAGAGCAAUGGAAGAUGGCCAGUGGUAACAUGGCCCUGGUGCAAUGCCAAGCAACGGUCGUAUCCCUUCUGGCAUCCAUCUUCGCCGUCAUGAUGGGCUUUAUCACGGAGCACACUUUCGAUAUUGGCAAUGCCCUGAUGCUCUGCGCAAGCAGCCUCGUGACAGCUAGCGUCGCCAGUCUCGUACUAGGAUCCCUGAUGAUUGGAGUGGUGAUCCUGUCUCGGAGAUACCAUAUCAACCCGGACAAUGUAUCUAUUCCUAUAGCUGCAUCUCUAGGAGACAUCACAACGCUGGCUCUUUUGGCUGGUUCUGGGAGCUUGCUCUUCAGCGGCACCGAGGACGUACGUCUCUACGUGUGCGUCGUCAUUUUCUUCAUCCUGUUCAUCCCGUUGUGGGUUCUUAUCGCAAGGAGCACGACGUACACGUCCCAGGUACUCUGGAGCGGCUGGAUACCCAUCAUUUCAGCAAUGGCCAUAUCGAGCCUAGGCGGCUGCAUCCUGGAUAUGACGGUGCCAACGUUCGACAACCUGGCUGUCUUUCAGCCGGUGAUUAGCGGUGUUGCUGGCAACCUAGUAGCGAUUCAAACCAGCAGACUGUCCACCUAUCUUCACCAGAGAACCAAAAUAGGGACACAUCCACACGCGGCAGGCGUGUGCAUUGAUCCUUGCUCUGCCUUCUUCGGAAAAGGUCGCAAUGCCAGAGCUGCCCGCGUCCUCAUGAUGAUGGUUCUUCCUGGUCACCUUGUGUUCACCUACACCAUCAGUUUCUUGCGCCCCACCCGCAUGGCAAUCACCCCUGUCUUUCUCCUGGUCUACUUCUCCUCAGCCAUAGUCCAGGUGUUCGUAUUGCUCUACAUGUCCCGCUGCAUGGUCUACUGGAUGUGGGGACGUAAGAUAGAUCCCGACAACGCGGCUAUUCCUUAUUUGACAGCCUUGGGGGACCUCUUCGGGAUCGGCCUCCUGGCACUCUCCUUCCACCUACUAAGGUCGAUAGGUGACGUCAACGCGUUACCCAAGGAGCUGCGUUGAUCAUCUACACGAUUUGAACCAAGUUGUUCCGAGGGCCCUGUCAGUUAUACUGCUGUUGCAUUAAAGGGAUACUCCAAAAUGCGUGUUGGAAUCACUGAUGUGAGGUGAGAUCAGUGGUUGGAAUAUGGUGAUGUUUCCGUAAGCGAAAUGUUUCAGCUGCAAGAGAUAGAGAUAAUUUGCUUUCGGGUAAUCCUCCACCUAGGCACUAUUCCACGUUAUGAACAUUGUAGCGGCGGUACGUUGUCAGAGUUAUUUUCCUGACACCGCUACGAGUCGCGGCAGAAUCCUACCGAAUUAAAGGCAUUGUAAUCUAAUUUUCCUCACGCUGUACCCUCCCAAAAGAUUGCUUCUCUGCAUGACGCGGAAGUAUCAUAAAAUUAAUUUCGAGUUUUGAGAAGUACGACGUCAUAGUGUGCCCAAUCUGCUACUCGCCUGGCAACAUUGCUCUUCAAAGGUCGAUUUCCAUCUCCUCACUGUACCACGCUGCUGGCAGUCUUCCAAUGCGGCGUGGAGACCGGGGAGCUGCACGCGCUGUUGCUAGGAGACGGACGCUAAAACUCGCUAUGACGUCACCUACUCUUGGAGAAUCCGAAAGUAUGAAGUUUCCCGGGUUCUUUUGAAAAUUCGUGGAAGAACGUUGUAUUUCGCUGACGCAAUUUAUACUUUUCCUGCUGUGUCUUUGAGCGAUGUUGAUUCCUAACACGAAAUAAAUAUAUUUUGUUAGUC